GGUCAGAAAUUGUGUCAAAUUGCAAGGCAACAUGUCCGAAAAGGAGUAGGAAGAAGCAGAGUUUAUUUAAUCGCACCCUUUCCUUGCUGCUUUGUGUAAGGAGACCGAUGCUUGGAGUUCCCUAGAAUGAGAAGGCAUCAUGGAGUCCUGGACAGGCAUGAGGGUGGUAGGUGAUUGGGGGGGCGUAGAGGAGGGUCGAGCACGGCCUCGAUGACAUCUCCAAACAUGUCAACAGCACACAUUGGACAACACGGCCCUGCCCUCACAACCCGAGCACAUGAAGGGCACAGCUGCUUUGUCCUCGCCACGUCGCCAACCUGUUCACCGUCGAGAGUCCAAUCGCCUCAUUUUCGGAUACGUGAUCGUUGUUUCUGCGCCCGGCCAUGACCCUGACAGUCGUCUCCGGCUUGGGCUCGAUCCUCUCCUUGAGCGUCCUUCUUGUCGUGAGCUCCGGCGGUCCCGUCGGACGUGACGGUUCGCUUCUCGACGCAAAAGACUUCCUCAGCCACUUUCUGGCCUCGCUGAACGUCACCGGGCAGAAGACCCCGGGCAGGGCCCUUUCCGCUCCUAAGGAGCCCCCAGAGUACAUGCUGGAACUCUACCAGAGAUUCGCCAACGACCGAAGCGCCGUGCCCUCGGCCAACGUAGUGCGCAGUUUCAAGAACGAAGGUUUGUCCCGCAACGGUGUGACAUUCAGGGGUGUCAGGACACACCUGCUCCUCUUCAACAUCUCGGUUCCGCAGCACGAGGACAUCACCCGAGCUGAGCUUCGCCUCUUCACGCUGGUCCGUAGGUCCCAAAGACCCUACCUUGCCUGCAAGGUGACCAUUUACAAAGUCCACGGCGGCGUGAUUUGGACCAGGGAAGUUGGCAAGACUGUGCGAAGGCGGGAUCAAGAGGAGGAGGAGGAGGAGGAGCAUCUGGAGGAACUGCUGACCAAGCACAUUGUCGCCGAAGAUAGCAGCUGGGUGUCCUUUGACCUGACUCAUGCCGUGGAGCUCCGACGAGAGUUUGGAUAUGUGACGCUCAUGCUGGAGGUCCAUAUCGCCAUUUUGGGGUCGGAGGAGGCGGUGACGCGGGACGGCGAGGUCCUGAUUGACACCGAGGGGCAGCACAAGGCAGUGAUGGUGGUCUUUUCGGACGACCCCGGCAAACGCCACGAGCGACAGCUUAUCCACGACACACCUCGUCGGCUCCGCCGCAAUGUUAAGAGCGAGGCCUGCAAGAGGACGCCGCUCUUUGUGGAUUUUAAAGACAUCGGCUGGGACACGUGGAUCAUCCAGCCGGUGGGCUACGAGGCCUACACGUGCAACGGCGUGUGCGGCGCCCCCCUGACCCCCGAGGUCUCGCCCACCAAGCACGCCAUCGUGCAGACGCUGCUGAGCGUUAAGAGCCCGGAGAGGGCAUCGCGUGCCUGCUGUGUACCCACUAAGCUGGAGCCCAUUUCGCUCCUUUAUCACGAUAACGGGGUGAUCACUUUCAACCACAAAUAUGAGGGCAUGGUGGUGGCGGAGUGUGGCUGUAGAUAGUCUCCCACGCACACAGAUAAAGACUGAGGGCUUCAAACAUAGUCACUUCUCUACUAUACAUGGUGUAAAUUGUAUAUUAUUACUAUCUUUAUUAGUAUGUAAAUGGUUUGCUUAGUUUGUUUGACACCUACGAAUGAAAUUACCGUAAUGUUUAGACCUGAAGGGCAGGUCAAAUACGUUAUUUAAUCAUCUAAAUGCUGUUCUUUUGGUGAUAUUUAAUUAUGUCCGCAUGACGUCGGCACGAUAGCAGACACUUUAAUAGGCACACUGUAGUUGAAUUCUGAUAAAACUGCUCAGUUGUGACAAUGU